CCACCCACCCAGCACCACCAAACCCCUCUGAUCUGGCAUCGCGCGGAGCCGGCACGCCACAUCCACCGCGCGUCCACGCGGUUCGAAGCGCACUCUCGUCGAGGGUGCGUGAGAGAGAGAGAGGGGGCCUUGGAAGCUUUCCCCUUCCUUGUGGCCUCCCCUCCACCGGAGACCACAUUCGCGUUGUGUGUCUGCGUGCGAAUAAGCAGCAGCAGCAGCAGCGAUGUUCCUGUCAGCGCUGCUCCGCAUGAGCCUCCCCGGCGGCCGCCAGUGGGCCGGCAAGCACCGCCGGCCGCUGCGCGUGUCCUACAACAGCCUGGUGAAGCUGCGGCGGCGGCUCGAGGCGGAGGCUGAGAACGAGUACUGGCUGAGCCGCGCGUGGAUGAGCCGCGAGCAGGAGAGCGGGCACAUGGUGGAGUUUCGAACCAGCGCGUUUCGCGCUUUCACGCGGGAAAAGACGGCGGCGCGCUUCCCGCCGCACCGCUUCGUGAACGAGCACCUGCAGCAGCUGAACGUCAACAGGCGCUGGUGACCGCGGCGAGUGGCGAUGGUGGCCACCGAGGCCUCCGCGUCGCGUUGUCCCCUCUCGGGGCCCCAGCGGCGUACUGCGCGGGCGGGUGGGCGUCGUGUGUUUGGGCAACGUGUCACUGGGCAGAAAGCGAUCCGUCAGUAAGUGGCUGGGGCAGCCGCCUGCUGGUAGGACAACACGGCGCACCGUGAGCGGACGGCUGGGACAGCUCAUUAUCAGCUCAUCGUGCUCGUCAAUAUCGGCUCGUUAUCGGGACGGCGUGUUGCUGGGUGGCGCUUUUGUGGGCACCGCACCUCGCCGUACCGGCAUCGUGUCGGGGGUUGGUGAGGGUGGCGAGGAGAGCUGGGUGUUGUGGUACCGCGUGGUGCUGGUGGCGUGAGGCUAAUGUAGAAAUUAUCGAGCGUGUGCAUUUGGGAUGUAACGAUUGGAACCACCAAAUCCAUUCUUACGCUCGUGAUCCAUGCAUCAGAUUGUAUGUCUGAGGGCCAAUUUAUUUUUCCUUCAUAUUCAUUGAUGCCACUUCAAAGUAUAUUAAUUCGUCUCACUGUAGACUAAACAAACUACAAGGAGAAAAAUGUAUUGCGACUCCAAAUCAUGACUUUGAAAAUUCAUCAAAUUGUUGACCGAAUCAAUCGUUACAUCCUUAGUGCGUGUAUACGCGUGUACAGUUAGGUCGUGUUGGGCUCUGAGGUUGGGCAAGGGAUAUAUUGUGCCUAGAUCUCAUGCACCAUUCUAAUCUUGAAGCAGAUGUCAUGUAUUUGCCGAUUUACAACAUUGUAAAAAGCGCUGAAUAAAGGCUUUUGAUGGCGAUCUAA